GGCUAUCCGCACAAUUUUAACAAUCGCGAGAAGUUGGUUUUCCCCUGGUGCACAGGUGGAACUUACAUCGAGUACCCCCUCAAGAGUGGAGCACCUUUUUCUGGUAGUGGAAGCCCCGGAGCCGAUCGCGUCGUUUACCUUCAGGGGCCACAAAAGACGUUCUGUGGUUGCAUGACACAUACUGGAGCCGGGGGCAAUAACUUUGUAAAGUGCAAGUAG